UUGUGGGAAAAUUUAGACAAGGCAGCAGCGUGAGGGGAAAACAGAGCAGUGUAACUCGCCCAGCUUGUAGUUCCUCACGCCCACUGGACGCAGGGUCUCGCGUGCGCCCGAUCUGUGUCUGCCCAGCGAAAGAAGGGACGAGUGUUAGCUGGGACGUUGAAGUUGCCCUCAAACUAAGUUCUGUGAUCAGGUGUAGUGCGGUUUCUCGAAACGGAAAGCUGUGGAAAGCCACGAGGGCAGGGCCAGUGCAGUGCCAACCUUUGGCCCUCAUCUCCCCCCAUCCCCCAGUCCCCGGGUUGGGGUUGAGUGACGGCCCUGUGACAGAGGACUCCUUGCUGAGACGAAAAGGACGCCACGCCGGAGAGAGAAUUACUGCGGCCGCAAUUCCUCUUGCGCGGUGAUUUCCCUUCACUUCGAAUGCCGGACAAGCACCUCGAAUUCGCCCAGUGUGCCCUCCAGUGAUACCUUAGUUGUAUAUGUUUUUCUUAGCCUACGAAGAACAUUUGAUUUAAGAAGUAGAGCUGGCUCGUUGCUGGAAAGACUCAUCCUGUAGGUUUUGUGAUUAAUGUAAAGUGUUUUAUUUUUGCUCUCGUUAUCUCCCUCCCCCUUGUCAACAGAGGUCACCGCGGCAGGGAAUUGAGGAUGUGACUGACAGGUCACGGUCAGUGACCGGUUCACAGUCACUAGUGCCAGCAGACACCACGCCCACGUCGCCCACACUGCGUUGAUGGCCUGCUAGCAGCCAGGCCCCGCCCACAACACCUCAUGCCUGUCGCCGAAAGCAGACGAGGGAGGCGCGGCCCUUCGGGGAAGGUGCCUCAGGACAACGUGCUGCACGUCAACCUCGACGUGCGCACGGGCGUGCCACGUGCGACGCUCGUCAAAGGUGGCAAGGACUUUGCACUGAACGGUUCGCAUAAGACCGUGCUGGGCGCCUCCCAGGGGUCGCCGCCCCCCAAGAACCACGUGUCGUCCAUCUACCUGCACAACAAGGCCUCGUACCCCAGCCCUAACACCAACGCCCACUACCGAGAGACCCUAGAUGAGCCCCCGAGGUAUGACGACCUGUUCAAGAAUCACCUGAACGGGCAGGAGGCGCCCGUGCUCCAGGGCCAGAAGAGAAACCACGACAAGAAGCACUUCAAGUCGUACCUAUUCAAGCACUUCUCGAAGCCGAAGCCGUUCGGCAAGGGCGGCAGCGGGAAGCAGCCUUCGUCCGGCAGCUACAAGGGGAGGCGCGCCGAGUGCUACGCGGAGAUCACCAUCCCGCCCACGGCGCCCCUCGACGUGACCGGCUUCCCCAAGGCCAAGCACGACCAGCCCCUACCGCAGCUCCACCCCCAGUACUCGCAGCCGUAUGUCCACCCGCAGGCGCCGUGCGAGCCCCUCUACCAGACUAAGUACGACGCGCAGCCGCAGUACAAAGCCGAGUCCCCGGGUCAGCCCACCUACCAGGCCCCCUACGAGGCCCAGCCCCCCUUCCCAGCCGCGCCGCAGCCGAACAGGGCGCCGCGCCCGUGCGAGGCCAGCCCCACUAUCGGGGCGAGGGCGCGCGAGAGCCAGCUGGCGGGGGCGGCCGCGAGGUCCCGCUGCACUACACGGAUGAGGACGCCAGGAAGUUCACGAUAACCCUCAAGCCCGGCCAGUACCGCGUCAACGUGCAGUGGCGCUCCAAGACGCACCCCUUCCGCAUCACCCUCACGCCCAAGAAGAAGAGCGGCCUGGAGGCGCCGCCGCCCGCCGAGCAGCAGCCCCUCUAUUACUCCUCCUGCCAGGCGCACCCGCAACACCAGGAGGGCCAGGCGUCCCUGCCGCGGCGCCUGGUGCACCGCCUGCUCUUCCGCCCCCACACGCCCCCCGUGCAGGAGGACCUGGAGCGUCAGCAGCAGCACGAGGAGAAGC